AUGAGUUCAAAGAGAAGAUUUCAAGAAAACCAACCAGAAACUAAAAAGUUCAGAAAUGAAAUUGAACAAUUACAAGAAUACUCCACUUCUGAAGAAUGGCCAAUUUAUAAUCAUCCAGAAGGAGGAAUAGUUAAAAUAACACCUUGGGGUUCAUUGAGGCAGUAUACCCACCCUAUUACUGGGCAAAUGGUGACAAAGUUUGAAGAUAUGAAUUUCCAAGACCAUUCAUUCAAUCAAAAUGCUAUUCAAACGAAUUAUGCUCCAAGUACCCCUCAAUCUAUGUGUCCAACAUCAUCAGAUUCCCCUUCUCCAGCAAUGAAAUUAAGUCCAGGUGAUGAAGUUGAAAAUUACGUGGUUGAAGGAUAUCAACAACAUCAACAUGCACAAGCACCUGUUCCAACCCCAGCUACUCAAGCUCAAUUUCAACAAGAGCAUGAGAAUUAUUUUGGUAUGGCUUCAGAAGAAGAAGAUUUCCAGGAUAACUCUGCUCAACCAAAUGAUGCAAUGAUGUAUUAA